AGAGAGAGAGAGAGAGAUAGAGCUGCUGCAUUAGAGAGAGAGAGAGAGAGAGAGAGAGAGAGAGAGAGCUGCAUUUGGAGUGGAAGAAGGGAUGCGGGGCUCCGGUGAAUUUGUUGUAGUUGCAUAGGCGUCAGACACAGCGAUAGAGGGUGUGAUGAUGGGUAGCGUUGGCGGGAGACUGUUUGAGUACGUGGUGGUUUGCGGUUUAGGGCCGGAGCUACGGUCGUUGGACGGGACGAGGGGAUUCCAAGGGACGAACGUCAUGUACAUGCCCUCCCUCCUUGAUCAAUUCCCUUCCUCUAAGGACGCUCUCUACCCUCCCCCUCCACCCCAGCUCCCCACGUGUGUUCUACCAGCGGGUGUAGAGUUUUAUUCAUCAGGUUUGAAUCCCAUUGAUGUCUCAACACAUCCACGCAGUUAUCCUAUAGUGCUAACUGAAGGAGAUGGAUCUAAAAUAUAUGUGAGUUGCAUUGCUUUUCGUGAUCCUGUUAGUGAGGAUAUUGCUGAAGCCUAUCGCAUUCCACCUAAUUCUUUUGCCGACAAAUGUAUCUGUCUUGUUUCACGUUCUCCAAGUUUUCAUGUUCUUCGCGAUGCGGUGGAGGAAUUGUUCAAUCUCUGCUUUUCUCCAUCUGGCAGUAGCAAGCCCAUAUGGGAUGUUAUAGCACAUAUGGUGUUGAAUGUUCCCUUUCCUACCCCUGGAAAGGAUCGCGUGUUGUUUGCAGUUGAGAGCUAUCUCCUUUCUGUGGAGGUUCCCCCAAAGGAUGGGCUUCCACAUGCUGAUAUAUCAUUUCAGCCUUUGGUGCAGUGUCUUGAUGUUGAUAACUUACUACAACUAUUUACUGCUGUGUUGCUUGAAAGGCGAAUUUUACUUAGGGCAAACAAAUAUUCGCUGCUAACUCUUGUUUCAGAGGCUAUAUGUCACUUAAUAUAUCCGUUUAGGUGGCAGCAUGUCUAUAUUCCACUUCUGUUUUUUAGUGGAGUGGACUAUAUUGAUGCCCCUACGCCUUACAUGAUGGGACUUCAUUCAGGAGUUGACACAUCUGGUCUUGCUAUGGAUGGUGUAGUUGUUGUAGAUCUUGAUUAUAAUCGUAUCACAACAACUGAGGACAUACCCCCAAUACCAGAGCCCGAACUAAGCUCGUUACGUGGAGAUAUCAUGAAGCUAUUGUAUCCAAAUGUUGUGGAGUUGGAUUGGAUGCAGAAUAGUUCCGGAAGUUUUUCUGGGCCAUUCCGUAGAAACAGUCACAAGUCAUGGGGUCCUGACCAUGAUGUGGAGCUCAGGUUGAUAUUCCUUAAAUUUUUCGCUUCUAUUUUAAGUGGCUAUCAGAAUUUUAUGGAGAAUACGGCUGUUAAUGUCUUCAACACUCAAGCAUUCCUAAAGAAACGAUCCCGUUUGACUAGUCAACCGCAAGAACCCAUGAUUGUGCAGUUUUUGGAUUCACAAGGUUUUAUUGAUUAUAUAGAGAGAUGUUACAAUUCAGAUGAUUCUGUGACUAAUCUUCUUGACAAGUUACAAGAUGCACUUGGAAGGGGUCAAAAUCCAGCUUCUAUCCUUCCCUCUGAAUCAAUAGAGCCUGAAAUAAUAACCAUUGCAGAUCCAGCCCUGGGCAUGGCAGGAUCUGGUGCUAAAUACUGUUAUGAUAGAUUCCCUUCAAAUGUAAGAACAGAAGAUCAAGAAGAAAAGCGGAAGGCCAUUCUUGCUGCAGUUAGUGGAGCUUUAGAAUAUUCAGGGCGGCAUACUCCCAGCUCCCCGUCUGUUUUAAAUGAUGCGAAGGGAGAAAGUCUUAGUCCAAGGGAAAGGGCCGCAGAGAGAGAGCGAAUGGUACUUGACAUUAAAGUGAAGCUGCAGGGGUUAUGGUUACGCCUUCUAAAGCUUGGGGCAACUGAUGAUCCUCUAUCAUCAUUUGAAUAUGGCACAAUUCUUGCUUUGAUUGAAUCUGAUGCGGAAGGAAUUGGUGGCAGUGGGUUCGUUGAAUGUAUCAGAGAACACAUGCACUCGGGGUGGCUCUGUCGAUUAACCGAGGAACAGUUUAUUGCGGUAAAGGAAUUGCUGAAAACAGCGAUUAGUCGUGCUACCUCUCGGAAUGACUUGUCAACCAUUCGAGAUGCAUUAGAAGUAUCUGCUGAAAUAUACAAGAAAGACUCUAAUAAUGUUGCAGACUAUGUCCAACGCCAUCUUUUCGGUCUUUCAAUUUGGGAUGAAUUGCGCUUCUGGGAAGGAUACUUCGAGAGCCUAAUGGAACAUUCUUCCAACAAGUUAUCGAAUUAUGCAACGCUUGUUACUGGACAACUCAUUAUACUGGCAUCUCAUAUGUCUGGCUUAGGUCUUCCAGAUCCUGAUGCGUGGUACAUGAUAGAGUCUAUUGCUGAGAAAAACAACAUUGGAUACAAACAGCUUAUAAAACUCAGAGGAUUGUUAUCUCAUAUCCAGCAAUUAAGGACUGGAUAUUGGGGAACCUAUGGCAGAAAAGCCCAAACUGUUAUUUCUCAUGGAAUGCUGUCUCCCCACUCAAAAGAUGCUCCAAAUGAAAGCCAGCAGCCUGCCGAGGCAUCCGCUGUUGGGCGGAGUUGGGUGCAGAGCAUGUUUAGCAGAGAAACAGCUUCACGUACUAACUCGUUCAGUCGAGUGCGUCGUUGGACUUCUGAAAGUGGUGCUUUGGCGUCAAAUGACAAUGUAAAAGGUACUGCUUCACCUAAGAAGCUGGAUAUUCCUGCAGCUGGACAAAAGAAAACCCAAUCGGGUGUGCGAAUACUUAGAGGCCACAAAGGUGCUAUUACUGCUCUCCAUUGUGUAACGAGAAGGGAGGUAUGGGAUCUGGUGGGCGACCGUGAGGAUGCAGGAUUUUUCAUCAGCGGCAGUACUGAUUGCACGGUUAAGAUGUGGGACCCAAGCCUUCGUGGCUCAGAACUCAAGGCUACCCUAAAUGGACAUACCAGGUCUGUCCGCGCCAUUAGUUCAGACAGAAGCAGGGUUGUAUCCGGUUCUGAUGACCAAUCUGUAAUCGUUUGGGAUAAGCAAACCGUUCAGCUACUGGAAGAACUGAAGGGCCAUAAUGCACAGGUCAGCUGCGUACGGAUGCUUUCAGGGGAGCGUGUCCUUACUGCUUCUCAUGACGGUUGUGUAAAGAUGUGGGAUGUGCGAACUGAUACUUGUGUGGCAACAGUAGGUCGUUCUUCAAGUGCAGUUCUUUGUAUGGAGUAUGAUGAUUCCACUGGGAUACUGGCUGCAGCUGGGAGAGAUGUGGUGGCGAACAUUUGGGACAUUAGGGCAGGAAGACAGAUGCACAAGUUGCUGGGGCAUACAAAAUGGAUCCGGUCAAUAAGAAUGGUUGGGGACACCGUAGUUACUGGUAGCGAUGACUGGACUGCCAGACUCUGGUCUGUUUCUCGUGGAGCAUGUGAUGCUGUUCUAGCUUGCCAUGCGGGCCCGAUUUUAUGUGUGGAUUACUCAUUUGCGGAUAAAGGAAUUAUUACGGGUUCAUUGGAUGGACUACUACGAUUUUGGGAACAUGAAGAAGGUGGAAUAAGAUGUGUGAAGAAUGUGACUGUUCAUUCAUCGUCAAUUCUAUCUAUCAACACUGGGGAAAAUUGGCUAGCUAUUGGUGCCGCUGAUAAUUCUAUGUCUCUCUUCCAUCGGCCCCAAGAAAGACUUGGUAGCUUCUCUGGUGUAGGAUCAAAGAUGGCAGGAUGGCAGUUGUAUAGAACUCCACAACGAACUGUGGCUAUGGUAAGAUGUGUAUCUUCAGACCUAGACCACAAGAGGAUUUGUAGUGGAGCUCGUAAUGGACUUCUUCGGCUUUGGGAGGCUACCAUUAAUAUUUAGCUCAAGAUAUUCAUGCACAACUGUGAAGAGAGAGAAGGGGGUGACUAGUGCUGGAUAAGUUUACCAUUUAUUUACGUGGCUGUGUUAUCUCAUUGUGCAUUUAAGGAAAAUAUCCUAUAAAAGUCUUUUUUGACUUUAAUGGAAACUCGGACGUCGUUCACUCCAUUACACCACUUUUUUCUACUCCAUUGAUGACUAUAUAUAUAUACAACUGUGCAUGUACGAUUAUUAAGGGAUACAAUUUGAUCCUAAUCACCUGAUUUCAUUGAGAAAGAUUAUUAUUUUUAGGCCAAGAGGUUAAAGGUGAGAUAUAUGUUUAUUUGUACGACUUAAACGUCCUAUAUUUAUCAAAAAAGUGAUUGGAUUGUGCUA